AAGAGAUAAGUCGUCACGAUCGUGUACUGAUAAUAAAACAUCCUUUUAAUUUGAAAACACUAUCAUAAUACAAAGUAAAUAGAUGAUUGUAGCUGCGUCAUUAUUUGUUGCUGCAAUUGUCGACGCGGUAUCUGGUGUUGGUAUAGUAAAGAAAAGAUUGACAAUUUUGUUAUGGCUACAUAUAUACUUGUUUGGAUUCUAUGACAAAUCUGUUGGUAGCGCUGAUGCAUAAAAGAGAAUGGAAACAUCCGAAUCCGGCUUGAACUGCGUGUACUGGUAUGUAUGGACGGCAGUUUUGCUAAAUGAGUGGCUGUUAUGAGGAAACAAUUUUCUAUGUAAUAUGAAACGAAGAAAAUUAGUUAAUACCUAAUCAUGCAGUGUCUAUAGUAACAUAAUUAAUUUCUUAGUGAUAACAGCCUAACAUAAAUAGGACCCUUUUUAACAAGACGGCAUGUUUGUAAGAGUUUGGUUGCGAAUUCUCACGGGGGAUGAAUGAGGAAGAAUUAUUGAAACGGUCUGCUGCAGAGCGAGAUAGAAUAUUUAGCUGCUAUGACCGUGGUAGAGAGAAUGGAGCAGAGAUUGAUUCCUGGGAAGAUCCUGCCUAUGAAGUAUAUCAUACUACUGACAGAUAUGGAUUCAUACAUGAUAAACGAUUGCCACAAAAACCGGACCCGAAUGAAAUUAAAUGUCAUCGGGUGGAAAUGGAAAGAUUAAAGAAGUGGGAGAAAAUGACAAAACAGUGGGAUAGUUCCACUACUAAAGAAAAAUUACGACGUAGAGUUUACAAAGGAAUUCCUAAUAGGUUUCGUGGUCAAGUUUGGGCAUUGCUUUUGGGUAUAAAAACUUUAAAAAAAGAGCAAGCUGGUAAAUACGACGAAAUGUUGAAACUUGCACGUCAGUGGUCUACUGAAAUAAGACAAAUUGAUGCUGAUGUAGCUAGACAAUAUAGAGAUCAUAUCAAUUAUAGAGAACGAUAUAGCAUAAAACAACGAUCCAUGUUUUAUGUGUUGGCUGCUUAUAGCAUGUACAAUAUGGAAGUAGGCUAUUGUCAGGGGAUGUCUGUAUUAGCUGGAUUACUUUUAUUAUAUAUGGAUGAAGAGGAUGCAUUUUGGGGUCUUUCAGUACUGUUGGCUGAUAAGAAAUAUACUAUGCAUGGAUUUUAUGUUGAUGGAUUUCCAAAACUAAAUCGUUACAUAGAACAUCAUGAUAAAAUCAUGAAUAAAUUUUUGCCGAAAUUAAAGAGAAAGCUUGACAAGUGCGGCUGCGAUUCCAUUCUUUAUGCAUUAAAAUGGUUCUUUGUUGUUUUCCAAGAGAGGACACCUGUUAGUCUCGGUCUUCGAAUCUGGGACAUAUUUUUAUUAGACGGCGACCGAAUUUUACCGGCUAUGGCAUAUACAAUCAUGAAAAUGCACAAACGUUUUCUGAUGCCAAUGGAAAGUCUAGACGAAUUUUGUAAUUAUUUGCAAAUCAAAUUAGAAAAAGAUUUCUGCUUUGAUGAUGAUACAGUAAUAAGUACCAUGGAACGCAGUAUGGAAGAAUUAAAACGUGCUAAGUUGGAUUAUCCUGGUCCACCGUUACCACAUGAGUUACCACGAAUUCCAUUUGGUACAUUCAAAGAACCUUCAUUUGCAAGCAAGGUUGGAAGACGAACGGAAGAAUUUAGUGAAGCACAGCAUGCAAUGCGUGAAUCCAUAACACAACGUAGAGAUUUGGUGAUCGCCGAAGACGGUAGAGAAAGUACAACACCUGUUGAACCAACUGAUUGUGGUCUUGGCGGUGAGUUACAAUAUAAUGAAAACAUAGUACAUGGUGAUAUAAAUACUUGCCUUCUGCAUUCUAUACAAGAAAAUACCACUAAGGAUGUGGAGAAAGACAGAGAUUCAAAGAUUGAUAUAAUGGUUAUAUAUAGCACUAGAUUGUAAGGUAUUUUUUAAAAAUAGGGUUUUAUCAAAAAAGCUAUCAUGUACGCUAAUAAUCAGAUAUUUAGAGAAAACUUUACAAAAAAUAGUCUAAAAGAGAUUUUGAAUUAUCACGAUCGACAGUCACAAAUAGUCACAAAUAAAUCUUUACCAUUAACAUGCUCAAUAUCAUCAAAACAAAGUUAGAUAUGCCUCUAAAUUUGUGUUCAAAAUUUUCAUUGAUAAUUUCUCAUACAAAAUAGGAUAGAAGCAAGAGGCAGUAGACUGUGAUUAUUUUGUAAACUAUAUGUAUAGUACCUUUAAGAGAUUUUCUAUAGAGAAACAAAUAAGAAAGGCAUGUAUGUGUGUCAAAAUUUGAGUAUAUGAAUGUUCAUUAUAUUUUUGUUACCUUAGCUUAUUAUUGAACUGAGAGUGUGUCAAACUUUCGUUGCCAUUUGAAUAAUAAUUACAAUGAAAAACUCGUAGUAUGUAAUGUUAAUUUUUCUAUUAUGCACACAUAGAAAAAGGCAUGAUGAUGUUAGUGUUAGAGACAAUUUUUAAGUUGAAUGUAUAUUAUACUUACGCAAAAUCUGUUGGAAGACGCGGUUGUUCCAAUAUUCGAUUGCAGUAUAAUAAAAAUUGAAUAUAUGUGCA